AUGUCCAGUGACGAGGCAAGACUAGAGACACAGAGUAUGGAGGACAGCGAGAAAGGCCGUGAGCCCAGGUGGGAGAACAAGGAUACUGGAGUCACCGCCGAAGCCAUCGCCGCAGAUCAAUUCGAGCUCUAUGCCUAUCAUGAGCACAAUGCUGGAAGACUUGUUGUCGACCCCGAAGAAGCGAUUAUUGAGUUUGGAGAGGACGUUGCGAAGCGUCUGAAGCUCUCUCGCGAUGGCACUAAGGUGCUGUGGCCCCAACCCACGGACGACCCCGAGGAUCCACAAAAUUGGUCGGAUCUUCGCAAAAACAUCCAGCUUUUAAUCAUCACUCUGGCAGCAAUUGUCCCCGAUUUCGAUUCAGGCAUAGGUAUCGCAUCAAUAUUCGCGCUCGCGAAGCAGUACGAUACAACGCCAGGCGUAAUCAACAAUUUGACAUCAAAUUGGAGCAUCUUCCUUCUAGGAUGGGGAAGCAUUUUUGCAGUAAUGCUUAUGCGGCGGUACGGUCGACUGCCAGUAUUGUUUUGGUCCCAGGUCCUGGCACUCGGAUUCCUUGUUGGUUGCACCUUUGCACCCAACCUGAAAACCUUCGCUGCUAUGCGAUGUCUGACCGCCUUCUUCGGGACAUGUCCACAAGUCACGGGCCUCUACGUCGUGACGGAUCUAUUCCCCUUUCAUCUUCAGGCGCGCAAGCUCAACAUCUGGACGAUGGGUUUCAUAGUUUCGCCCUUCUUGUCGCCCUUCAUCUUCGGUUUUGUUGUUGCACGUGCAAAUUGGCGGUGGACUUAUGGUGUCGGCUCGAUCUACGGGGUGAUUGUGGUGCUUCUCAUCGCUUUCUUUACUCAAGAAACGAUGUAUGAUCGUACUCUGGCGAAUCCAAAGCCGAUCUCACGACCCGCCUCAGCUCUACGCUACCGCAUCGAGACUCUCGUUGGCAUAACUGGGAUGCGUAUGGCGCGCUAUCGCGCGAGCUGGCGUUCUGUGUCUUUAGCAUGUCUGGAUGUCAUCUGGCGCCCGCACAUUGCGAGCAUCCUACUUUUUGAGUCACUGUUGUUUGGAUUUGGCAUUGGAAUCAACACUACCAACGCUGUCUUCCUUGCUUUGCCUGUACCCGGAGGGUACGGGUUCAGUCAGUAUGCCAUUGCUGGUGCAUACGGAACUCCUAUAGUUGCUGUUCUCAUUGGAGAAACACUUGGACGAUACUUCAACGACUGGGUGAUGAACUAUGGGAUCCGGCAUAAUAAGGGUGUAUUCGUGGCAGAGACGCGACUAUGGACGUGUUAUAUUGCGGUGCCUCUCUAUGUCUGCGGCUUCGUGGUACUCGGUGCUUCCUUUCAGAAGCAUCUCAGUGUCGGUGCCCUUGUCAUGGGCUGGGGGAUCGCAGAGAUGGCAAUCAUGAUGAACACUGUGGCAGUCUAUGCGUAUUGCAAUGAUUGUUUCCCGACCAGACAGGGCGAGGUUUCAGCGCUCAUUAACCUCUGUCGUACACUCGGGGGAUUCAGUGUGGCCUAUUUCCAAGUGCCAUGGGCGACGCAUAAUGGCGCACUUCAGACCUUCGGUGUGGAAGCGGCAAUUGUUGUUGGGUUGUUCCUUCUCAUUGUCCCGGCUCUUCAAGUCAAAGGCCCGUCGUUAAGGGAGCGUUUUUCCCUUUGA